CUGUCUUUUCCUACUUGGCGCGGUGGAGUGAGGAAGUGUUGGACACGCCGCGCGAAUCCGUGGGCAUCAGUAGAAGAAAAGCCGCUGAAAAUGUCGGAAACACUGCAACUGCGAGGGACUCUUCGGGGCCACAAUGGAUGGGUUACACAGAUAGCAACCAAUCCUAAAUAUCCAGAAAUGAUUUUAUCUUGCUCAAGAGACAAGACCCUUAUUGUUUGGAAGCUAACAAGGGAUGACACAAGUUACGGUGUCCCUCAGAAGCGGCUCUAUGGCCACUCGCAUUUUGUGAGCGAUGUGGUACUGUCUUCUGAUGGUAAUUAUGCCCUGUCUGGAUCAUGGGAUAAGACGUUGCGCCUCUGGGAUCUUGCAGCUGGGAAGACAACACGGCGCUUUGAGGAUCACACGAAGGAUGUACUGAGUGUUGCUUUCUCUGUGGAUAACAGGCAAAUUGUGUCUGGAAGCCGGGACAAGACAAUAAAGUUGUGGAAUACCCUUGCUGAAUGCAAAUACACCAUACAGGAGGACUGCCAUAGUGACUGGGUGUCGUGUGUAAGAUUUUCGCCCAAUCAUUCAAAUCCCAUCAUUGUGUCAGCGGGAUGGGAUCGUAUGGUUAAGGUGUGGAAUCUAACAAAUUGUCGCCUGAAGAUCAACCACAAUGGACAUACGGGAUAUCUGAACACAGUUACUGUUUCUCCUGAUGGCUCACUUUGUGCUUCUGGAGGAAAGGAUUGCAAGGCUAUGCUGUGGGAUCUCAAUGACGGAAAGCAUCUGCACACUUUGGAUCACAAUGAUAUAAUAACAGCACUGUGCUUCUCGCCAAAUAGAUAUUGGCUGUGUGCUGCCUUUGGACCAUCUAUUAAGAUUUGGGACUUGGAGAGCAAGGACAUGGUUGAAGAACUCAGGCCAGAAGUAGUCUCUGUGACUGCAAAAGCAGAACCUCCACAGUGCCUGUCAUUGGCAUGGUCUACAGAUGGGCAGACACUGUUUGCUGGCUAUUCAGACAACCUGAUUCGUGUGUGGCAGGUGUCUGUGUCUGCACGAUAAGACUUCACCCUGAGCAGGGUGCUUUUAUUUUGGGAAAAUAAAACUUUUAACUUUUUAA